CCAGCUGAUCGUCUCUAUUCUUAUCUGCCCCUCGGUUUGCCGCGGCCCUUCUUGUCCUCCUUCAAACCCCUCCGGUCUCCGCACAUUCCUCCCUCUCCCACUCGUGUCAACAUCAUCUUCCUCCCUCCUACAUCCCUCGACGACAUACCCAUGGCCGCAAUUAUCCGUUAGCCCGUAAUCUGCUUGAUAACCCUUAGUUGCGCCACGAUUGCGUUCAUACCGGCGACUGGACCGGAUAAUGCGCUCCUGACCAGUCUCCUUUCUCAGAUCUGAAGUGCUCUUUUUCUUUCGUUAUAAAAACCCUCACAGUCCAGUUCUGCUAUUAUCUUCAAUGGAGCAAGCCGCUCAAACAAGACCGACCCGAGGUCCACCGACCAGUGACGCAAAAGAGAGGCUAGCGGUGGGAACGACACAGGCGACGGCGGUGGACGAUGCGUCAUCCCCACACCAAGCACAGAACGGCCGCGGAGCCACGAAAGAGGUGAACAAGCGCAGCGUGGACUAUGUCGUCCGCAGCGGCGUUGCGGGGGGUCUGGCGGGGUGUGCGGCCAAAACCGUUGUCGCGCCCCUCGAUCGAGUCAAGAUCCUCUUCCAGGCCUCGAAUCCGCGAUUUGCAAAAUACACCGGCAGUUGGUUCGGUCUCGUGGCAGCCGUGCGAGACAUCAAACGGCGCGAAGGCCCCCAGGGCCUCUUCAAGGGCCAUUCCGCGACGCUCCUCCGGAUCUUUCCGUACGCCGCGAUCAAGUUCCUUGCCUACGAGCAGUUCCGCGCCGUGAUGAUCCCGUCCCAUGACAAAGAAACGCCGCUGCGCAGAUUGCUCUCGGGGAGUAUGGCGGGCAUCACAUCUGUGUUUUUCACGUACCCGUUAGAGUUGAUCCGGGUGCGAUUAGCGUUCGAGACGAAACGGACCGCUCGCUCUUCCUUUAGAGGUAUUUUUCGACAGAUUUAUAACGAGCGGGUUACGCCGCCGGCGACGGCCUCCAGCGGGGUGUCGUCGACGCAAGCCCCCGUCACGGCAACGGCAGAAGGUGUCUCGGCGGCUGUGAACAAGGCCGUGCCGCGCUCCGGCCUGGCCAACUUUUACCGGGGUUUCGCGCCCACGCUGCUGGGCAUGCUCCCCUACGCCGGCAUGUCCUUCCUCACGCACGAUACCGUCGGUGACUGGUUCCGCUCGCCUGCGCUCGCCCCUUACACCACCAUCCCCGAGUCAGAAACACCCGACCAUUUCAAGAAGAGGUCUCGACGACCGCAGCUGACAGCCGCCGCGGAGCUGACAUCCGGUGCGCUGGCGGGUCUGGUGUCCCAGACAUCCUCCUACCCGUUAGAGGUCAUCCGACGACGAAUGCAAGUCGGCGGCGUCGUCGGCGACGGCCACCGCCUGGGGAUUGUCGAGACGGCGCGCACGAUCAUGUUGGAGCGCGGGUUCCGCGGCUUCUGGGUCGGCCUGACGAUUGGAUACAUGAAAAUCAUCCCAAUGACGGCGACCGGGUUCUUUGUCUAUGAGCGGUUGAAGUGGUCCUUGGGUAUCUAGCGACAUUUUUUUUUGAUCGAUUGUUUAGAUCUUCCGAACGAAAGAGUUGGGCGUCUGGGGUUGUGUUGAGUUGUGUUGAGUUGUUGUGAUGUGUCUAUUUAUACCAUUUGUUCAUACCCAUUGCGAGCAGGCCGAGACUCUAGGUGAUGGAGUACAGAGAGAGAGUCUUGUACAUAGAGCAUAUAUUAGGUGCGACGUCACGUUUAGAUACAAUUGGAG